AUGGGUGACCAGCCGGCGGGCGUGGGUUUGGAUGCUGGUGACAGGCCGGUGGGCGGGGCUUCGGAUGCUGGUGACAGGCCGGUGGGCGGGGCUUCAGAUGCUGGUGACAGGCCAGUGGGUGGGGCUUCGGACACUGGUGACAGGCCGGUGGGCGGGGCUUCGGACACGGGUGACAGUCCGGUCGACGGCACUGUCGUCUCAGAACCGCCGUUGGCUGACCCGCCAGGGCAAGGGCCCGCGACGGACAGCAGGGAGGAAUUCGAGAUGUUGCCCAGUCCCAGCGAUUCUGAUGACGGCCAUAUUGAAGGCCCUCCCCCUCUGGUAGACGCUGGAGAGAGAGAGGAGGAGGAACGAGGCGGAGUCACGGAGUCUGUGGUCAACCCUCUCGUGGCCCCGGCAGAGGAGUGGCUAGACGUUUUGGGUAAUGGGCAGCUUAUGAAGAAGGUUCUGGAAGCUGGGAAUGGGCUAGACAGCAGGCCACAGAAAGGACAAAAUGUUAAAAUUCAUCUGAAGAUCUCAUUGGCCGAUGGCACCGCUGUGGCCGAGGAUCCUAACCUCUCUUUCACCCUUGGGGACGGUGACGUCAUACAGGCGCUGGAUCUCACGGUGCAGCUGAUGGAGAUGAACGAAAAAGCCCUCGUCCAGACCAGCGCGAGAUACGCCUACGGAGACCUGGGAAGCGCUGCUCCGGCCGUAGGACCCGAGGCUGACCUGGCUCUGGAGGUGCGCCUCCUGGAGGUCACGGACGCCCCUGACCUGGAGCUCCUGCCCCCCCCGGAGAGGAUCUCGCUGGCCGGGCGGAAGCGGGAGAGGGGAAACGAGUACUACCAGCGCGGCGACUACGCCUUCGCCGUCAACUCCUACGGCAUCGCCCUGCAGGUCACCGAGGCCAGCUCCACAGUGGAGCUCACUCCUCAGGAGGAAGAGGAGCUGCUGGACGUGAAGGUGAAGUGCCUGAACAACAUGGCCGCCGCUCAGCUGAAGCUGGAUCGCCCCGAGGCCGCCCUGCGCUCCUGCGUGGCUGUGCUCGCCCACCAGCCCGACAACAUCAAGGCCCUUUUCCGCAAGGGCAAGGUCCUGGCCUUGCAGGGCGAGUACGCCACAGCCAUCGGGACUCUGAGGAGGGCCCUGAAACUGGAGCCCGGCAACAAGACCAUCCACGCCGAGCUCUCCAAGCUGGUGAGGAAGCACUCGGAGCAGAAGGGGAUGGAGCAGGCCAUGUACAAGAAGAUGCUGGGAAACCCCUCGUCUGGACCUGUGCAGAAGCACGGGGCCAAGUCCUCAUGGGGCGUCACCUGGAAAUGGCUGUUUGGGGCCACCGCGGUCGCCAUCGGCGGGGUCGCCUUGUCCGUGGUCAUCGCCGCCAGAAACUGAAACGGACCGGGACCGGGGUGUCGGUGGACUUUUCCCGCUCCUGCAAAGAGAGCCGCCGAGCGGCCGCGCUCUGAUUGGGCAGUUGGGCAGGAGGGCCGCGCUCUGAUUGGGCGGUUGGGACUCCCGCCCUUAUUGGUCCUGACGGCCUUCAGUCCUAAUUUCUGCGGCAGUUUUCACACGUUCAUCGUUUCCGUGAAAUUUUUUGAAAGACAGAACUGGAUGGACGAAUAGACUCUAAAAUGAUUGUCUCGUUCACGUUCAUAUGUGAAGCUACAUUCAUUUUAAAUGUGUUCAUUAUAUAUCGCUGAGACAUUUAUGGCUGCCAGUGCUAUUUAACUCUCCCCCCCCUCCUGAAGUAAUGAUUGUGAAUGCGUAUGAACUGAGCAUUUAGUUGCUAAUCUCAACUGGCUAACAUUCAGCUGGCUCAAUGUGUAUAUGUAUCUAUUUGAUGUUUCUAUCUGGUGUUUGGCUCUCCUGUUAAGAGGAUGGCCCUGAUGCUGAAGCCCUAAAGCUUACCUGGAUGCUCUCUUUUCAGUCAGUCUGGCCUCAGCCACCAUCUUGUAAAUGCAUAAAAUUACGAGCACUAAGCGUAAUACUGUUGUUCUGUUCAGUGAGAAAGACCUUAAUUGGCCUCUGGGAACCGGGGAGAGUGAUUGACAGCAGACCAUGCAUGCUGGGAAGGGCUGAACUGAUCAUUGUUGGGAUUUUUUUUUAAAUGUGUUUUUGUUUUUGCAGAUACAGAAGAAAGACCUUUGCAGCUCAAGUAAUCGUCUGGGUAGUAAUUCCACAGGGAGGCUUGCUCCCUGCUACCCCCCUUUGAUAUUUCUGGGACCAAGUUAUUUUUUAUUUUUUUGUUACACAGGGAUCCUUCCAAAAUCUUUUUUGUAUAUUCUUUUUACAUUGAUUAAGCGUUGUUGUUCAGAUAAUGUUUUUUUUUCUAUUAAGCUGAAGGAUUACUGUAUGAAUGGAAGGACAGGACUGUUUGUGUCGUCAUAUUUAUUUGUCAGAGGUGUUUGUUUGUGUCACAGAUGGAAAACAAAGAGAUGUUUUUCUUGCUCUAGACCCGGCCCUGUAUGAGGACUCCAGACAUUAAGGCAUGUGGAAGAAGAGCGUUGUGAAAUCGCUGGGUAUUUUUUUUUUUUUUGCAUGAUGAAUUGCGUUCUGUUGCUUCACAAGCCUUCUCAUUCUGCCAGUACUGGGUUGGACCUGAGCGCUAGUGAUGCUAACGAGCUACAGGCAGCCAGGUUAGGUUAGGUUGAAGCUGAACAAGUUUGGUUGAAGGUGAGCUGUGUGAUCGGCGUUUAAGCUCGAAGGCCUGCAAGCUGCUCACGAGGUGCAUUCGGUGUGUGUGUAUGUUGGUUCAACCGCAGCCCCGGGGAACCAAAGGUCCUUUUAAAUCACCGGGAUUUGCAAAGCAGUUUAAAAUUAUCGCCUGGCUUCGCGCUGGGCCGAGGGUUCAGUGGGAUCAGUAAGGGGAGUGAGAAAAUCAGCAGCUUUGACAAAGAUCUGGACAAAAAA